UUUCAUUAACGUUUUAAUUUCUAGUCUUGUCCAAACUCCAAACACGACAAGUUUUCCUCCAAUUAUAAAUCUUUCUUCUAUUUAUUUCAAGACAAAAAUUUAUUGUUUUCGUUAUAUGUUCGCUUACAGUUUCGCUUCAAGUUAGCUGCAAUGGAUACAAAAGAUUGAGAAAACAAAUUUUUACGUGAUUAUUUCAUUGUGUGAGAUAAAGAUGAAAGGCUUAUUGAAGAGCCUCAGAUAUAUUUCCCAGAUUUUUGAGGAUGAAGAGGAAGACAAGGAGAUACAAAUAGGGUUUCCAACAGAUGUUAAGCAUGUAGUUCAUAUUGGUUGGGACGGUCCAUCUGAAACUUCACCAAGUUGGAUGAAUGAGUUUGAAUCCCCAGCACCUGGAAAUGUAUCAGCUCCAGUACAAGUCAAUGGAGUAGCUAAUUCUACUAGUAGGGAAAUCGAGGACCUCGAUACUAUGUCACAAGAUUCAUCUUCCACAAAGAGAAGUGUUGUGAAAGAGUCUCCGGGGCGAGAUGUACCAGGUUUGCCAAAAUCAUCAAGACGGAGAGCAUCAUGGGACAACAAUAGCAUAGGUUCAGCUGAUUCCCCGAUGGGGAGUCCAAACCACAAGACUAAGUCCUCCAGAAGGCGUCAAAAACAGAAGGAAAGCAGCAGUGGUAGCCCACGAGGAGAAUCAUCCAACUCACAAGGCCUUCCUAACAUACCGAAGAAAUCUCGAAGAAAAAAAUCCAAAGAUAGUGAUGGCUCACUCAAAUCUUCUUUGAGGUCUAAAGGUUCAAAGAACGGGUCAAGGCACGGUUCUGAUGAUGGGUCAUUGACCAAGCAAUAUAACAAAGAGGCUAAUUCAAGCACGAGUUUGCCUUCACUCAAGGAGGAGGAGGUGAAGUUGUAA